AUGGAUGGGAAGAAAUGCAGCGUAUGGAUGUUUUUACCUCUUGUAUUUACUUUAUUUACUUCGGCUGGAUUGUGGAUAGUAUACUUUAUAGCUGUGGAAGAUGACAAAAUUUUCCCAUUAAAUUCAGCUGAAAGGAAACCUGGUGUGAAGCAUGCACCAUAUAUAAGUAUUGCAGGUGACCAACCUCCUGCAAGCUGUGUGUUUAGUCAAGUCAUGAACAUGGCAGCAUUCCUAGCUCUUGUGGUAGCUGUCCUGCGCUUCAUACAACUGAAACCAAAGGUUUUAAACCCGUGGCUGAAUAUUAGUGGAUUGGUGGCCCUGUGUCUGUCUUCCUUUGGAAUGACCUUACUUGGUAAUUUUCAGCUCACGAAUGACGAAGAAAUCCAUAACGUUGGCACCUCCUUGACUUUUGGAUUUGGCACGUUGACAUGCUGGAUCCAGGCUGCAUUGACACUCAAAGUCAACAUCAAGAAUGAAGGACGCAAAGUUGGAAUCCCACGAGUUAUCCUCUCAGCAUUGAUCACUUUCUGUGUGGUCCUCUACUUCAUCCUCAUGGCCCAGAGCAUCCACAUGUACGCAGCCCGGGUCCAAUGGGGCCUGGUCAUGUGCUUCCUGUCCUACUUUGGCACCUUCGCCGUGGAGUUCCGGCAUUACCGUUAUGAGAUUGUUUGUUCUGAGUACCAGGAGAAUUUCCUGAGCUUCUCAGAAAGCCUGUCCGAAGCUUCUGAAUAUCAAACUGACCAGGUGUAA